CAGCCGAGCCGAGGACUAUCCCAAUCGCCGAGGGGAAGGAGAAAAGGGGGAAAAACCCUCCAGCGGCAACCAGCAGCCCCCCAGCACGCCCCGUUCCCUUUGACAUGCAACCUUCGUGGGGAUGGGACCAGCCGGGAUGCAGCUGCAGCUUCGGGAGGCACUGGUGGAAAUUGGGGAUCGUGGCGCUCAUGACGGCGGAGGGGAGCGCCUGGAGCCGGGCACUGCUGCUCUCGCUGGGGCUGCUGGCGGGAUCGGCCAUGGCCCAGAACUGCAGUCACACAUUGCAGGGCCCAAACGGGACAAUACAGAGCCCAGGCUUUCCCUAUGGAUACCCCAAUUAUGCAAACUGCACGUGGACAAUCACUGCCGAGGAGCAGAACAGGAUACAGCUUGUUUUCCAGUCCUUUGCAUUAGAGGAAGAUUUUGAUGUAUUAUCCAUCUACGAUGGGCUGCCUCAGCAGGGGAAUCUGAGAACGAGGCUGACAGGAUUCCAGCUGCCUGCUCCCAUCGUCAGCACCGGCCUCGUGCUGUCCCUGUGGCUCGUCAGUGACUACGCCGUGAGUGCCCAAGGCUUCCAGGCCAGCUACGAGGCCCUGCCCAGCCACACGUGCGGGAACCCGGGGCGGCUGCGGAACGGGGUCCAGCAAGGCACCACCUUCAGCAUCGGGGACAGGGUCAGGUACAGCUGCAACCCCGGCUUCUUCCUGGAGGGCCACGCCCUGCUCACCUGCCAGGCCAGCUCGGGACACGGAGCCUCCUGGGAUUUCCCUCUCCCCGUCUGCAGAGCCGACGACGCCUGCGGGGGGACCCUGCGGGGGCAGAGCGGGAUCAUCUCCAGCCCUCACUUCCCUCUGGAAUACGGGAACAACGCCGACUGCACCUGGACCAUCCUGGCCGAGCCCGGGGACACCAUCGCCCUGGUGUUCAUGGAUUUCCAGCUGGAGGACGGCUACGAUGUCCUGGAGGUGGCUGGCACGGAGGGAUCCUCGCUCUGGUUCACUGGGAUGAAUUUGCCCGCCCCGGUGAUCAGCAGUAAAAAUUGGCUGCGGCUCCACUUCACCUCCGACGGCAACCACAGGCAGAAGGGCUUCAGUGCCCAGUACCAAGUCAAGAAGCAGAUGGAGCUGAAAUCCAGGGGGGUGAAGCUCAUGCCCAGCAAGGACAACAACCAGAAGACAUCUGUGUUAACUCAGGUUGGUGUGUCCCAGGGACAUAAUUUGUGUCCAGACCCUGGGAUUCCCGAGAGAGGCAAAAGGAUAGGCAACGAUUUUAGGCUGGGCUCCAGCAUCCAGUUCUCCUGCAACGAGGGCUACGACCUGCAGGGCUCCAAGAGCAUCACCUGCAAGAGGGUCAGCGACCUCAUCGUGGCCUGGAGCGACCACCGGCCCGUCUGCAGAGCCAGGAUGUGUGACACGUACCUGCGCGGGCCCAGCGGCGUCAUCACCUCGCCCAACUACCCCGUGCAGUACGACAACAACGCCUACUGCGUGUGGGUCAUCACCGCCCUCAACCCCGCCAAGGUGAUCAAACUCACCUUCGAGGAGUUCGAGCUGGAGAGAGGCUACGACACCCUGACCGUGGGGGACGGAGGGCAGGUCGGAGAGCAGAAAUCCGUGCUCUACGUCCUCACGGGCACCACCGUGCCCGACCUCAUCGUCAGCACCCAGCACCAGAUGUGGCUCCUGUUCCAGACCGACAGCGUCAGCAACCUGCUGGGCUUCAAGGCCACCUACGAAGAGAUCGACCAGGGCAGCUGUGGUGACCCCGGCAUCCCGGCCUUCGGCCGCCGGCGCGGCUCCACCUUCCGCCACGGGGACACGCUGCACUUCGAGUGCCAGCCCGCCUUCGAGCUGAAGGGCCACAAAAGCAUAACCUGCCAAAAGAGCAGCCAGUGGUCUGCUCAGAAACCUGUGUGUGUUUUUUCCUGCUUUUUCAACUUCACCAGCCCGUCGGGGACCGUGCUGUCCCCCAACUACCCCGAGGAGUACGGCAGCAGCCUGCACUGCGUGUGGCUCAUCAUCGCCAGCCCCGAGAGCAGGAUCCACCUGGCCUUCAACGACUUCGACGUGGAGCCCCAGUUCGAUUUCCUGGCGGUGAAGGACGGGGGCACGGCCGAGUCCCCCGUGCUGGGCACCUUCUCGGGCAGCCACAUCCCCUCCUCGCUGACCAGCAGCGGCCACGUGGCCAGGCUGGAGUUCCAGACUGACCACUCCAUGGAGAAGAGGGGCUUCAACAUCACCUUCACCACGUUCCGGCACAACGAGUGUCCUGACCCCGGCGUUCCGGUGAACGGGAAGCGCUUUGGGGACAGCCUGCAGCUGGGCAGCUCCGUGUCCUUCCUGUGCGACGAGGGCUUCAUCCGCACGCACGGCGCCGAGACCGUCACCUGCGUGCUGCAGGAGGGCAGCGUGGUGUGGGACAACGCCGUGCUGCGCUGCGAGGCACCCUGUGGGGGCCACCUGACGUCCCCCAGCGGAACCAUCCUGUCCCCGGGCUGGCCUGGCUUCUACAAGGACUCCCUGAGCUGUGCCUGGGUCAUCGAGGCCCAGCCUGGCUACCCCAUCAAGAUCACCUUUGACAGGUUCAAGACAGAGGUGAAUUACGACACGCUGGAGGUGCGGGAUGGCCGCUCGUACUCGUCGCCGCUCAUCGGCGUCUACGACGGCACGCAGGUGCCCCAGUUCCUGAUCAGCACCAGCAACCACCUCUACCUGCUCUUCACCACGGACAAGAGCCACUCCGACGUCGGCUUCCAGAUCCGAUACGAGACCGUGAAGCUGCAGUCCGACCACUGCCUGGACCCGGGCAUCCCUGUGAACGGGCAGCGCCACGGCCACGACUUCUACGUGGGAGCUCUGGUGACGUUCAGCUGCGACCCCGGCUACACCCUGAGCCACGGCGAGGCCCUGGAGUGCGAGCCCAACUUCCAGUGGAGCCGGCCCCUGCCCAGCUGCGAGGCUCUCUGUGGGGGCUACAUCCGUGGCUCCAGUGGCACCAUCCUCUCCCCAGGCUUCCCUGAUUUCUAUCCCAACAACUUGAACUGCACGUGGACGAUAGAAACAUCCCACGGGAAAGGUGUGUUCUUCACCUUCCACACGUUCCACCUGGAGAACGGCCACGAUUACCUGCUGAUCACCGAGAACUCCAGCUUUGCCCAGCCCCUGAAGCAGCUGACGGGGUCCCGGCUGCCGGCCCCGCUCAGCGCCGGCCUCUUCGGGAACUUCUCGGCCCAGAUCCGCUUCAUCUCCGACUUCUCCAUGUCCUACGAGGGCUUCAACAUCACCUUCUCGGAAUACGACCUGGAGCCGUGUGACGAGCCCGAGGUGCCGGCCUACAGCAUCAGGAAGGGGCUGCAGUUCGGCGUGGGGGACGUGCUGAGCUUCUCGUGCUUCCCGGGCUACCGGCUGGAGGGCGCGGGCCGCAUCACCUGCCUGGGCGGGAGACGGCGCGUGUGGAGUGCGCCUCUGCCAAGGUGUGUUGCUGAGUGUGGCUCAUCCGUGACGGGGACCCAGGGCGUGCUGCUGUCCCCCAACUACCCCCUGAACUACAACAACAACCACGAGUGCAUCUACUCCAUCCAGAGCCAGCCGGGGAAGGGCAUCCAGCUGAAAGCCAGGACCUUCGAGCUGGAGGCAGGGGAUGUGCUCAAGGUGUACGAUGGCACCAACAGCUCUGCCCGGCUGCUGGGCACCUUCAGCCGCUCGGAGCUGCUGGGCACCAGCAUCAACAGCACCUCCAGCUCCCUGUGGCUGGAGUUCAUCACCGACACCGCCAACACCAGCAAAGGCUUCGAGCUGCAGUUCUCCAGCUUUGAGCUGAUCAAGUGCGAGGACCCCGGCGUGCCCCAGUUUGGGUACAAGGUGCACGACGAGGGACACUUCGCUGGCAGCUCCGUGUCCUUCAGCUGCGACCCCGGGUACAGCCUGAGGGGCGCCAGGGUCCUGGUGUGCCUCACCGGGGAGAGGAGAGCCUGGGACCAGCCCCUGCCGACCUGUGUGGCCGAGUGUGGAGGGACAAUCAGAGGAGAGACCUCGGGACGGAUCCUUUCUCCAGGAUAUCCAACUCCCUACGACCACAACCUCAACUGCAUCUGGAGCAUCGAGGCAGAGCCCGGCUGCACCAUUGGGCUCCAUUUCUUGGUGUUCCACACGGAGGAGUUCCACGAUGUGCUGCGGAUCUGGGACGGGCCGGUGGAGAACGGGAUCCUGCUGAAGGAGACGAGCGGCUCGGGGCUGCCCGGGGACAUCCACAGCACCUUCAACUCCGUCAUCCUGCAGUUCAACACCGACUUCUUCACCAGCAAGCAGGGCUUUGCCAUCCAGUUCUCAGUUUCCACGGCCACCUCCUGCAACGACCCAGGGAUCCCCCAGAACGGGAGCCGGAGCGGGGACAGCAAAGAGGCCGGGGACUCCAUCACCUUCCAGUGCAACCCCGGCUACGCCCUGCAAGGGGAGGCCCAGAUCACCUGCGUGCAGGUGGAGAACAGGUUCUUCUGGCAGCCAGACCCGCCCACCUGCACAGCUCCGUGCGGCGGGGUCCUGACGGGCCCGGCCGGGGUGAUCCUGUCCCCGCAGUACCCGGAGCCGUAUCCCCCCGGCAAGGAGUGUGACUGGAAGCUGACAGUGUCCCCCGACUUUGUCAUUGCCCUGGUGUUCAACGUCUUCAGCCUGGAGCCUGGCUAUGAUUUCCUGCACAUCUACGACGGGCCCGACUCCCUGAGCCCCCUGAUUGGGAGUUUUUAUGGCUCCCAGCUCCCGGAGAGGAUCGAGAGCAGCAGCAACAGCCUUUUCCUGGCGUUCCGCAGCGACGCCUCCGUCAGCAACGCCGGCUUCGUCAUCGAGUACACGGAGAACCCCCGGGAGUCCUGCUUUGACCCGGGGUCCAUCAAGAACGGCACCAGGGUGGGCACGGACCUGAAGCUGGGCUCCACCAUCACCUUCUACUGCGACGGGGGCUACGACAUCGAGGGGGGCCCCACCCUCACCUGUGUGAUGGGAGGGGAUGGAAAACCCACCUGGAACAAGCCCCGCCCCACCUGUACAGCUCCCUGUGGAGGGCAGUACACGGGCUCGGAUGGAGUGGUCCUGUCCCCAAAUUAUCCCCAAAACUACACCAGUGGCCAGGUGUGCCUGUACUCCAUCGUCGUGCCCAAGGACUAUGUGCUCUUCGGGCAGUUUGCCUUUUUCCAGACGGCGCUCAAUGACGUGGUGGAGGUGCACGACGGCCCCACGCAAAACUCGCGCCUGCUCAGCUCCCUCUCGGGCUCUCACUCAGGGGAAUCUUUGCCGUUGGCCACCACCAACCAGAUCCUCAUCAAAUUCAGCUCCAAGGGUCAAUCCACAGCCAAAGGCUUUCAUUUUGUCUACCAAGCCGUGCCCCGCACCAGCGCCACGCAGUGCAGCUCGGUGCCGGAGCCGCGGCACGGGCGGCGCCUGGGCAGCGACUUCGCCGUGGGCGCCGUGGUGCGCUUCGAGUGCAGCCCUGGCUACGGCCUGCGCGGCUCCCCGGCCAUCCAGUGCCUGGCCAUGCCCGGGGCCUUGGCGCAGUGGAACUCCUCCGUGCCCACCUGCGUGGUGCCCUGCGGGGGGAACCUGACGGAGAGGAAAGGAACCAUCCUGUCCCCGGGCUUCCCCGAGCCCUACCUGAACAGCCUCAACUGCGUGUGGAAGAUCACAGUGCCCGAGGGAGCCGGGAUUCAGAUCCAGGUGAUCAGUUUUGUCACGGAGCAGAACUGGGAUUCCCUGGAAGUGUUUGAUGGAGGGGACAACACAGCCACCAUGCUGGGGAGCUUCUCUGGAACCACGGUGCCCGCGCUGCUCAACAGCACUUCAAACCAGCUCUAUCUGCAUUUCUAUUCCGACAUCAGCGUCUCCGCUGCCGGCUUUCACCUGGAAUACAAAAGUAAGAGCGGCUCCAGCCUUGAUCCCGCGGCUCCUGGGAGGGACAGGCUCCCUCUCCUUGUUUUUAUCCACCCCACCACCCCUUUGUGUUGUUUUCCAUCCCUGCAGGGUCACUCCCACAUCUCCUGCAUGCCGGGCACGGUGCGCCGCUGGAAUUACCCCCCACCCCUCUGCAUCGCCCAGUGUGGAGGAACAGCAGAAGAGAUGGAAGGAGUUCUCCUGAGCCCAGGCUUCCCAGGAAAUUAUCCCAGCAACCUGGACUGCACCUGGAGGAUCCUGCUGCCAGUGGGGUUUGGUGCCCACAUCCAGUUCCUGAACUUCUCCACGGAGCCCAACCACGACUUUGUGGAGAUCCGGAACGGGCCCUACGACACCAGCGGCGUCAUCGGGCGCUUCAGCGGCGCCGAGCUGCCGGGCUCGCUGCUCUCCACCUCCCACGAGACCACCCUCUACUUCCACAGCGACCACUCCCAGAACAAGCCCGGCUUCAAGCUGGAGUACCAGGCCUACGAGCUGCAGGAGUGCCCCGACCCCGAGCCCUUUGCCAACGGCGUGGUCAGAGGGGCCGGCUACAACGUGGGCCAGUCCAUCUCCUUCGAGUGCCUGCCCGGCUUCCAGCUCAUCGGACACCCCGUGCUCACCUGCCAGCACGGCACCAACAGGAACUGGGACCACCCCCUGCCCAGGUGUGAAGUGCCCUGUGGGGGCAAUGUCACUGCCCAGAAUGGCACCGUUUACUCCCCUGGAUUUCCCAACCAGUACCCGAAUUCCCAGGACUGCAGCUGGCUCCUGACAGUGCCCGUGGGAUAUGGGAUCCACCUCAACUUCACCCUGCUGCAGACUGAGCCCUACAACGACUUCAUCACCGUCUGGGAUGGCCCCCAGCAAACAGCCCCGCAGCUGGGGGUGUUCACAGGGAACUCAGCCAAGAAAUCUGCCCAGAGCUCCUCCAACCAGGUCCUGCUGAAAUUCCACAGCGACGCCGCCAACGGAGGCAUCUUCGCCAUUUAUUUCUACGCUUUCCAGCUUUUCCGCUGCCAGCCCCCCACCGUCGUCCCCAACGCCGAGAUCAUCGCGGAGAACGAGGAGUUCAGCAUCGGUGACAUCGUCAGGUACCGCUGCCUGCCCGGCUUCACCCUGAUCGGGAACGAAAUCCUCACCUGCAAAUUGGGCACCCACCUGCAGUUCGAGGGACCCCCACCCACCUGUGAGGUGCACUGCCCCAUGAACCAGCUGCUGACGGAUUCCAGCGGGGUGAUCCUGAGCCAGAGCUCCCUGGGGAGUUAUCCCCACUUCCAGACCUGCUCCUGGCUGGUGAAGGUGGAGCCGGGAUACAACAUCUCCCUCACCAUCGAGUACUUCCUCAGCGAGAAGCAGUUCGACGAGUUCGAGAUCUUCGAUGGUCCCUCCGGGCAGAGCCCCCUGCUGCUGUCCCUCAGUGGGAAUUACUCGGCGCCUCUGAGCGUCACCAGCAGCGGGAACAGCGUCUUCCUGCGCUGGUCCUCCGACCACGCCUACAACAGGAAAGGCUUCAAAAUCCGCUACUCCGCCCCCUACUGCAGCCUCCCGCAGCCGCCGGCGCACGGGAUGAUCCUGAGCCACUCCGGGCUGCGCCCCGGCAGCGCCGUGCGCUUCGGCUGCGACGCCGGCUACCGCCUGGUGGGACACAGCACCAGCACCUGCGCCCAGCACCCCCAGGGGCACUUCCACUGGAGGGAGGCCAUCCCCCUGUGCCAAGCUCUGUCCUGUGGAGUCCCCAGAGCCCCGAGGAACGGGGUUGUCUUUGGGAAGGAGUACACGGUGGGCACCAAGGCCGUGUACCAGUGCAACCAGGGCUUCCAGCUGCAGCCGGGCGCGCAGCCCAGCGCCGAGUGCCUGCAGGAGGGAGUGUGGAGCAACGGGAACCAGCCCCCCCUGUGCGUGGCUGUGACGUGCCCCGACGUGGGCAGCAUCGCGGUGGAGCACGGCCGCUGGCGCCUCACCUACGAGGUGCAGUACCACUACAACGCCCAGCUCAUGCUCAUCUGCGACCCUGGCUACUACUACACGGGCCAGAGAGUCAUCAGCUGCCUGGCCAACGGCACCUGGAGCAUCGGGGAGCCCGCGCCCACCUGCAGAAUUAUCUCCUGCGGGGACCUGCCCACCCCUCCCAACGGCAACAAGAUCGGGACCCUCACCACGUUCGGGGCCACUGCCAUCUUCUCCUGCAACACCGGCUACACCCUGGUGGGCUCGCGGGUGCGGGAGUGCAUGGCCAACGGGCUCUGGAGCGGGGCUGAGGUGCGCUGCCUGGCCGGGCACUGCGGCGUGCCCAGCCCCAUCGUGAACGGCCACAUCAACGGCGAGAACUUCAACUACCGCGGCAGCGUGGUGUACCAGUGCCAGCCCGGCUUCCGCCUCAUCGGCAUGUCCGUGCGCAUCUGCCAGCAGGACCACCGCUGGUCCGGCAGGACGCCUGUCUGUGUGCCCAUCACCUGUGGCCACCCCGGCAACCCCCCCAACGGCCUCACCCAGGGCUCCCAGUUCAACCUCAACGACGUGGCCAAAUUCCAGUGCAACCCCGGCUUCCGCCUGGAGGGAGCCUCCCAGUCCCAGUGCCUGGCCAACGGGCAGUGGAGCAGCACCCUGCCCUCCUGCCGAGUUGUGAACUGUUCUGACCCCGGGCACCUGGAAAACAGCGUCCGGCAAGUGCAGCCGAGCGGCCCCCACAGGUUCAGCUUCGGCACCACCGUGUCCUAUCAGUGCAUCCACGGAUUUUACCUGUUGGGGACACACGUCCUGACGUGCCAGGGCGAUGGCACCUGGGACAGGGCCCUCCCCCAGUGCCUUUUGGUGUCGUGCGGCCACCCCGGGUCCCCGCCGCACGCGCAGAUCUCGGGGGACAAGCACACGGUGGGCUCGGUGGUGAGGUACAGCUGCCUGGGCCGGCGCACGCUGGUGGGCAACGCCACGAGGAUGUGCCAGCUGGACGGGCGCUGGAGCGGCUCCCUGCCGCACUGCUCGGGGGGCAGCCAGGGCGUGUGCGGCGAUCCCGGGAUCCCUUCCCACGGGAUCGGGCUGGGGGACGCCUUCGGCGCGGGCAGCGUGGUGCGGUUCAGCUGCGAGCCCGGCUACAGCCUGCGCGGCUCCUCCGAGCGGCUCUGCCACCCCAACGGCUCCUGGAGCGGCACCCAGCCCGAGUGCGAAGUGAUCUCGUGCGGGAACCCCGGCACGCCCAGCAACGCCCGGGUGAUCUUCAACGACGGCCUGGUGUUCUCCAGCUCCAUCAUCUACCAGUGCCGCGAGGGCUUCUACUCCACGGGCGUGCUGAGCCGCCACUGCACCGUCAACGGCACCUGGACCGGCAGCAGCCCCGAGUGCACCGUGAUCAACUGUGGAGACCCCGGCGUGCCGGCCAACGGGCUCAGGCUGGGCAGCGACUUCACCUACAACAAAUCCGUGGUGUUCCAGUGCACCCCCGGCUUCACCAUGGAGUCAGACAGGGCAGCCGCCCUCACCUGCACCAAGGACCGCACCUGGAACGGCACCAAACCCGUCUGCAGGGCCAUCACCUGCCGUCCCCCCCAGCCCAUUCCCAACGGGAAGGUGGUGGGCUCUGACUUCAGCUGGGGCUCCAGCGUCAGCUACGCCUGCCUCGAGGGCUACCAGCUGUCCCUGCCCGCCGUGCUCACCUGCGAGGGCAACGGCUCCUGGAGCGGGGACAUCCCCCAGUGCUUCCCCGUGUUCUGUGGGGACCCAGGGACCCCUGCCCAGGGCAGGAGGGAGGACAGAGGCUUCACCUACCGCUCGUCCGUGUCCUUCUCCUGCCUGGCCCCGCUGGUGCUGGUGGGGUCGGCGCGGAGGUUCUGCCAGUCCGACGGCACCUGGAGCGGGACCCAGCCCAGCUGCAUCGAUCCCAGCCUCACCACGUGUGCAGAUCCUGGAGUGCCUCUUUUUGGGAUGCAGAACAAUUCCCAGGGAUACCAGGUGGGAAGCAUCCUGUUCUUCAGGUGCCAGAAGGGAUAUCUCCUGCAGGGCUCCACCACCAGGACCUGCCUGCCCAACCUGACCUGGAGCGGCGUCCAGCCCGACUGCGUCCCCCACCACUGCAAACAGCCCGAGACCCCUUCCCACGCCAACGUGGGUGCCCUGGACCUGCCCUCCCUGGGCUACACCUUGAUCUACUCCUGCCAGAGCGGCUUCUACCUCACCGGGGGCUCCGAGCACCGCACCUGCAAGGCCGACGGCAGCUGGACAGGAAAGCCCCCCAUCUGCCUGGCCGACGUCCGCCCCAGCGGGAGGCCCGUGGGCACGGCGCGGGAGCCACCGCUGGCCAAGCUCGCAGUGCCUGCGGACGUGUUCGCCAGGAAUUCCCUGUGGAAAGGCUCCUACGAGUACAUGGGGAAGAAGCAGCCGGCCAUGCUGUCUGUCACCAGCUUCGACCCUGCCACCAGCAAGGUCAACGCCACCUUGAUGGACCACAGCGGGGUGGAGCUGCAGGUGUCCGGGAUUUACAAGAAGGAGGACGUGCACCUGCUGCUCCAGGUGUACCAGAUCAUGGGGCCGCUGGAAAGCUUUGCCAGCAAGUUCAGGAAUGACAAAUGGGCUCUGGAUGGACACGUCUCGUCGGAGUCCUCGAGCGGCACCUUCGUGUACCAGGGCUUCGUGCGUGGCAAAGGCUUCGGGCAGUUCGGCCUCCAGAGGCUCGACAUCAGCAUGAUGGAAAACGAUCCCGAAUCCAUUGGUCACCACUUUGCAUCCAACAGCAGCUCCGUGGCAGCCGCCAUCCUUGUGCCUUUCAUCGCCCUGAUUAUUGCAGGGUUUGUGCUUUAUCUCUACAAACACAGGAGGAGACCCAAAGUCCCCUUCAACGGCUACGCCGGGCACGAGAACACCAACGUGAGGGGCACCUUCGAGAACCCCAUGUACGACCGCAGCCUGCAGCCCUCGGACAUCGUGGGCGAGGCCGAGUUCACGGUCAGCACGGUGUGCACGGCCGUAUAGCGUAUAGCACGAGCCGUUCCCUCUGGAAUGCUCCAGUUUCAGGAUGACGAAGCCGCUUCCCCAGAACUUCCACGUGCCACAACCAACUCUUUGCUUUCCCAGAUUUCCCGGGGUCGGUGUCCAGUGGAUGAUUGUCCCACCUCAC